UCUUUAGCUGUGCGACGUAUAUAAUUCUUAUUUGAGAACCACCAAAUGUCAUCCUUGUACAGACAAGAAAACAUUACAACCAUAUCUUCUCACACACCUCAGUCUUCAAGAAAAGAAAACAAUAACUCAUAAUCACCACUUGACAAACAGGCGCCUCAACAUAUCAAAAUGGAAAGCAACAACCCCGGACAGGACAAGCCCAUUGGCAUCCCAACACAGGACUUCAGCAAGGACGCCCCUAGCACCGGUGCCGUCAAGCCCAAGGCAAUGGAUGCCCAGGGAGCUGUUGGCAAGCAAUUUGAGGCCGACGGAGCGAUUGGUUCAAUAGGUCAAGCCGUUGGAGGUCCUCUGGCUGCGGACGGCAUGAUUGGAAAGCAGUUUACCAAGGACGGCGCCAUCGGUGGCACCAUUCAGAACAACAUGGGUGGUGUCAAGAAGGCAUGAUGGGCUGGAAAAGAUCGGCAUCUUCGGUGCAUUGG